AGCCAACAUUCUAUUCCCUUUUUUUAGAUUUUUCUUUAACUCUAUCGAAGCCCUAAAAAUAAAAAUAAGAUAAAGAUGAAGCCAGUUUUCGUUGGAAAUUUCGAAUAUGAGACACGUCAAUCGGAUUUGGAGAAGUUGUUUGGCAGAUAUGGAAGGGUUGAUCGUGUUGAUAUCAAAUCUGGAUUUGCUUUUGUUUACUUUGAGGAUGAGCGUGAUGCUGAAGAUGCGAUUCAUGCUCUUGAUAAUACCCCCUUUGGAUAUGACAGGCGCAGGCUCUCCGUGGAAUGGGCUAGGGGUGAGCGAGGUCGGCACCGUGAUGGCUCCAAGUCUCAGGCUAAUUUGAGGCCAACUAAAACUUUAUUCAUAAUUAACUUUGAUCCAAUCCGCACAAGGGUUAGUGAUAUUGAGGAUCAUUUUACACCUCACGGGAAUGUUCUCCAUGUCCGUAUCCGGCGCAACUUUGCAUUUGUGCAGUUUGAAACACAAGACGAGGCCACAAGAGCUCUUGAAGCUACACACAUGAGUAAAAUACUGGACAGGGUUGUGUCUGUGGAGUAUGCUCUAAGAGAUGACAGUGAGAGGGGAUCUCGUUCGAUCAGUCCUAGAAGACAUACUGGUCGUCACCCUGGUCGUCGAGGUGAUAGUCCUUCUAGGUCACCAAGUCCUUACAGGAGAGGUCGACCUAGUCCUGAUUAUGGGCGUGCCCGAAGCCCCGUGUAUGACAAGUACACUGGACCGUCUUAUGACAGGCCUAGGAGCCCUACAUAUGGAAGAUACCGCAGCCGGUCUCCUGUCCGCAGGUCAAGAACUUGAGACUAUCUGUUUGUUUCAUGGAAGUACAGUGGGUACCUUGAAAUUACGAGUCUGCAAUAGUUUUUAUGUUUUAUUAUGUAGGAUUAUGGAGCUCUUCCUUGUUUUAGGUUAGGGUAUUGUUUGAAGUUUGUUUGAGCAUAUUGUGGAACCUUUUGGAGUUGUUUGAUUGUUAUUAUUACUUUCAUUAAAAUCUUUGAAGCCAA